AUGAGCGAAAGCAUCGUAUGCCCAACUGUGUCGGCUUUUUUUGCCGUUUAUCGUGGUGUCGCCCGCGCUAAGAAGUUCCGCAAGGGGCUCGUGGGCAAGGAAAACAUUGAGAACGUCGGUCUCGCCAUGAAUAUCAGGCAAAGCAUCAAGACGAACGAAAUCCACUGGAUGUACUUGAUCGGGAAAGCCAGGGGGUCGGACUGCAUCAUUGACGACGACAUAAUGAACACCACGGGGCCGAUUUGCAAGGCAGCGCAGCGCCUAUCCGACCACGGAGCGCGCAACGAGUACGUGUGUGCAUCGCAUGGUUUGUUCAAUGGCCCCGCGAACGAGCGCAUCCACGAGCGUAGAAUCGAUCAACUCCAUAUCUGCAGCGAUAACCCGAACUCCAUUGUGGAUGAUUCGCGCAUCAGCUCUUUGGGCACUUUGACACAACGAACGCCCCGACCUUCUGGUCCUGACCUAUGCCCUGUGACGGCAGCAGCCGCAUCCGCCACAACCACAUAG